AUGCCUCCCAAGGGCACGACCAAGAAGCCAGCUGCGCCUAAGGCCAGCGCGCCCAAGAAGGCUGCUGAGGCCCCCAAGAAGACCGCUGCGAAGCCCGUCGCGAAGAAGAACACAGCCACCAACGGCGCGACUGCCGCCUCCAAGAAGCGCAAGCUCGCGGAACAAGAGCAAGUAGACGAGUCUGCCGAAGAGUCCGCCGAGGAGGAGCCUGAGAAGCCCGCGACCAAGAAGAACGCCAAGAAGGAUGCCGAGCCGGCAGCGAGGAAGACAAAGGCUACCACAGCUGCCGCAAAGAAGAAGGCCGCUGUUGCUGAAGAGACCGAGGAUGAGUCCAAGGCCAAGAAGCCAGUAAAGAAGAGCGCCCCAAAGAAGGCCGAGCCCAAGAAGACGGCUGCCGCCAACAAGGCCGAGACCAAGGCCUCUGCCGCAAGCAAAAAGCGCAAGUCCAGCGAAGAGGCCGAGAACGAGAAGCCCAAGGCCAAGAAGUCCAAGACCGACCAUGCUGAGGUCGACAGCCAGGCCACUGAGUCCGUCAAGGCGACAGAAUCCGCCGAUGAGGAGCCCGAGGCUGAAAAGCCUGCCAAGUCAACCAAGAAGACUGCCACGGCUGUUGCCAAGCCCCCUCCUGCCCACCCUCACAAGGUUGGCAAGAAGAUCAACUCUGCCCCUACACAGAUCCUCGACAUCUACGUCUUUGGCGAGGGCUCGUCUGGCGAGCUCGGCCUCGGCAGCAAGAAGCUCGACGGCAAGAAGAUUGUCGAUGUUAAGCGUCCCAGACUCAACCCUCACCUCUCCGCAAAGGACGUCGGCGUUGUUCAGAUCGCCUGCGGUGGCAUGCACGUCGCUGCGCUGACCAAGGACAACAAGAUCCUAACCUGGGGAGUCAACGACCAGGGCGCGCUUGGCCGCGACACCACCUGGGAGGGCGGACUGCGUGAUGCUGAUGCCGAGGAGGAAGAGGAGGAUGACGAUGAUUCUGGCAUCAACCCUCGCGAGAGCACUCCCACCGCUGUCGGCGCUGAGUACUUCGCCCCGGACGCCAAGUUCACCCAGGUUGUGGCCAGCGACAGCGCCACCUUCGCCCUGACAGAGGAUGGCAGAGUGUAUGGAUGGGGCACGUUCAGAUCGAGCGACGGUAUCCUCGGUUUCACCGAAAAGAUCCAGAUCCAAAAGACUCCCGAGUACCUCCCCACUCUGAAGAACAUCACCGCACUUGCUGCCGGUUCCAACCACAUUUUGGCUCUUGAUGACAAGGGCGUUGUCGUUGCAUGGGGUUGCGGUCAGCAGAACCAGCUCGGACGUCGUAUCAUCGAGCGCAACAAGCUUGCCUCUCUCGUGCCCCAGAGCAUGGGUAUUCCCAAGGGCAAGAUUGACCGUAUUGCCUGCGGAUCCUAUCACAGCUUCGCCUUGGCCAAGGACGGCAGUGUUUGGGCCUGGGGCCUUAACAACUUUGCCGAAACUGGCAUCGAGAUGGGUGCUGGCGAGGACGACGCCGUUGUCCUGAGACCCACCGUCGUCGAGUCUCUUAAGGACUACAAGGUUAAGCAGAUUGCUGGUGGAGAGCACCACUCUCUUGCCUGCACUGAGGAUGGUAAGCUCUUGACAUGGGGUCGUCUGGACGGCCACCAGGUCGGUAUUCCCGUCGAGGAGCUCCCUGAGGACAGGGUCAUUAAGGAUGAAAGCAACAACCCUCGUAUCCUCUCGAAGCCCACUGUUGUUGAGGACAUUGCCAAGUGCGUGUAUGUCGCCGCUGGUGUUGACAACAACUUUGCCAUCGAUGACAAGGGCGAGGCUCACUCCUGGGGCUUCUCCGCCAACUACCAGACUGGCCAGGGCACGACCGAAGACAUCGAGACCCCAACCACCAUUGACAACACUGCUGUUCGCGGCAAGAAGCUCGUCUUCGCUGGCGCCGGCGGCCAGUACUCCAUCCUGGGUGGUGUUGCCGACGUCCCCAAAGUCAAUGGUUUCGCAGCACUAGCAGCCAGCCAGCCGGCAACCGGUGGCUUCAGGCCCGUGUUCUAA